CGAUAUUCUUGUCCUUAUUGCAGAAAAGGAUUCUCCCGACCGUCAUCUCUCCGGACACACACAUAUUCACAUACAGGAGAAAAGCCCUUUAUAUGCACUGUUGAUGGCUGUCAUCGCCGUUUCAGCGUCCACAGUAACCUCCGCCGCCACUUGCGUAUUCAUCGAACCUCUCGU